AUGCUCCGAUUUGCUACAAGGUAUGGUUCAAAUGGACUGUCUUUGUGGCUCAGGCAGUCAAACUGCCGUCACGGACUCAAUGCAAGGACUAUCCUGCGUGCCCGCAAGAUGUCUGGGGAUUCCUUCGGUCCUCCGACGGAUGUCGAAAAAAUAAUGCUGGACAGUGUCAAGGCAACAGGUCCUAUAUCAUUCUCGACGUUCAUGCAACUUAGUCUUGGGCACCCCACGCAUGGGUACUACAUGAAGCCGGAACAUGCUGUCUUUGGCACUCAAGGCGACUUUAUCACAAGUCCUGAGAUUAGCCAGAUGUUUGGCGAGCUUGUCGCGUUAUGGAUGAUAAAGCAGUGGAUGGAUACCAAUGUUAAAGUGUCCUUCCGAGUGGUAGAACUUGGACCUGGUAGAGGAACGUUAAUGGACGACGUACUUCGGGUUUUGAAACAGCUUCCUGCAGCACGCGGAAAACUGAAAAGUAUUCACCUUGUCGAGAGCAGUGCGACUAUGCGUGCUUUGCAGGAAGGCAAGCUUCGUAAGGCUUCUCAGGAGGGCAAUUUCCAGAUAAUGUGGCAUGACGCAAUCGAAGAGAUCGAGCCCGAGGAAGAUGUCUUUACUAUGCUGGUCGCUCAUGAGUUUUUCGAUGCCCUUCCCGUGAACGUCAUCGAGAAAACUCAACAAGGCUGGAACGAGGUGCUAAUCGCCCCCUCGAGUGAUCCGAGCAUCAGAUACACCAUACCCUCUUCGGACUUGGACCAGAAUUUAGACUCUCCCCCGAAAUUGCAUCAUAUGCCUUCACGCUGGACCCGUGUCCUUUCGCCAACUCCGACGGCAUCAUCGACCCUCCUCGGACUUGCAUCUCCUCGGUUUUUUUCGCUCCCUGUGGGAACUCGCAUAGAAGUAUCCAGAGCGUCCAUGAAUCAAGCACGGGGUAUUGGGAAACUUAUUAAUACCAAGGGUGGAGGAUGCGCACUUGUCGUCGACUAUGGUGCAGACAGAGCCUUUGGCGAUUCCUUGCGGGCCUUCAGAAAGCAUAAAAUCGUCGAUAUCUUCUGCAGUCCCGGAGAGUGCGACGUUACGACGAAUGUCGAUUUUGCGUUGCUGAAAGAGUCUAUGGCUGACCUUGUCUCGACACAUGGCCCUAUCUCCCAACGCAACUUCCUCACGUGCAUGGGCAUAGAAAUCAGGGCCGCUGCCCUUAUGCGCUCAGCUUCCUCUCUAGAGAGGAAAAAGGCGAUCGAAGAUGGCGCAAAUAGGCUCAUUGAUCCCUGUGGGAUGGGUGAGCAGUACAAGGUGUUGGGAGCUGUUGCGAAAGGUAGGGGUGAGAUCUGGCCAUUCGCUGUCAUCCAGGAUAGUGCACAACAAUCUAUUUAA